AUGGGCUCUGAUGAUGAUCAAUCAAAUGAGAUGGCUCUGAACUCGACAAAGGCUGCAACUGAUCAAGGUCAGGGAGGCCUGGAGGAAGAAAACUGUUAUAAUCCGACCACCCAACUGACGGUUGACUUGGUAAAGGAUAAUCCAAGUGAUGAUCCCAUGGAACUGGUUGAAAUCGUUUGGCAUGCUUUGAUACCUCCCAAGAGCCGACAUAAGCAACCUAUUGGAGAUCGGUUCUGGCGGACAUCAGACUGCUUGUCUUCGUCCAAAACGAUUGACGACGUUGUGGCCCAUCAAGCCAUAAUUGCCAACCAGCCGUGCCAGCAUGCAACCCAUCAAGUCAUCACGCAUAGGCACCGACCAUAG